AAAUCAGAGCAGUUCACAAGAUUGUGUUGUGUUUCUUUGCUUACAAAAAAAUUACGUUCAUUUAAACUUCCAUUUAAAUCUUUUCAAUCGUAGAAAAACUGAUUCGUUAUAUUUCUCUCGGGAAAAUUCGGUGAAUUAACAUAUACUAUGGGUAAUAAACAAAGUCAAGCUACUGUUUUCGCUCCAUUGGAUUCGGAAUCGUCAAAAAUAUUCAAUUUGACCAUCGAUUGUUUUGACGAGAUAUUUGAAUAUUUGAACGUGAAAGACUUGCAUUCAUUCGGUCAAACAUGCAAGCGAAUGAACAAAGUGGCCGGCGAAUAUUUCAAACAAAAUUAUUCGUCGGCUCCAAAAGAGUGCAGAGAAGAUGGAAUAUACAUGUAUUGUUGGGACAAAGACGGUGUUGUAAAUAAACGCAUUCAAAUAUCUGGUUUCAAUAGGUUCAUGCCGUGCAUUUCACAUUAUCACCUCAGUCUACCAAAAUAUAUUAAAUCGCACAUAAACGAAUUUGAGUCAACUAACCACAUUCAUCUUAGGGAGCAACGUAUUAAUAGCAUACGAAUUAAGCAUUUUAAACGAAUGUUGCCCCAACUGGAAAUUGUACAGCAUCGAGAAUGUUCAAUGGAUGGUGACUUUUAUGAUUUGAUAUUGAAAUAUUGUAAGAAUUUGAAGGUGAUUAGUGUUCAAAGUUCAGAUGUCGGUAAUCGAAAAAAUGGUAAACUCAAUUGGCUGCUACAAAAAUAUCCUAAGCUUGAACGUUUAGAAUUAAGGCCCAGUGAUUGUUGUCUAAUUGAAGAGCUACGUGAAUUUUUCGUACGCAAUCCAAAUGUACAGAGAUUUUCAACUUCCUCAAAAUUUUUGUCGAAGAAUGGUGACAUACUUUUAAGUUCCAAUGCAAAAUUGGAUAUUUUGCAAGUCAAAAGAUGUAACAUUAUUUCGAGAUUUCCUUUGGAAUUAUUAAAUCGACUCCAUGAACAAGGCUUUUAUAAGCGAUUAUACAUUUACACCAGGAGUGUUGACGAAGAGCUUAGUACUUCAUUAGCCUCAGUCAGAGGUCUCGAGCUACUGUGCAUUUGGCCAUUCGACAAGAGUUAUAAUUUAGCUGAAUUGACCAAUCUUAGAGAAUUAAUUAUUUAUGGUGAGUCGAGUGCUGAGGAUAUGGAGAAUUUAGCAAAUGGCCUGAUAAGACUUGAACGUCUUUACAUUGAUUGGGCUAACGUCAAUGACAUUAUGCCAUUCAUUCGUCGAUCACCGAAAUUGAACAAAAUCAAAUUCAUACCACGGGACGAAGGUGUAGUUUUGAAGUUGGCAAUGUUGAAUGCAGAACGUGCCAAAUUGGCCGGAGCACGAAAAAUAAUAAUUUAUACGCGUGACGAUGUCUUCUUGGCUACUAAAUGGACGACCAGAAACGGUGAUACGAAUUUAAGCUUCAUCGAAAUCAGACGAGCGGAUUCGAUAAAGUGGGAACAUUAUGAUUAAAUACAAAUUUUUAGAAUAGAUCAAAUCAAUAUUCUAUUUGAAUUUAAAAUAUUUUCAUAUUCAUUUUUCAGAAAAAGCUAGUGAAAUUUC